GUCCUCUGGGAGCUGUCAAUCAGAGGCACAGGCAGCGAGUCAGGGUUGCGCGAGCGAGUGGCCUCUUUGGUGAGACUGAACCCUGCCGUCCUCUUCUGCACGGAUUUUCGGUUCCGCGUUGCGAUGCACUGACUUUUUCGGGAAGAUGCCGCCGGUUCGAAAGACAGUGGCAGAGCUCCGCUCUCGGGCGGAAGGUUAUGAGAAAACUGAGGAUGCCUCAGAAAAAACUUCACUGGCUGAUCAAGAGGACAUGAGAAUAAUAUUCAUUAACAGACCUCAACUAAUAAAAUUUUGUAGCAAUCAUGUCAGCACUGCAAAAUACAAUCCACUUACAUUCUUACCAAGAUUCCUAUAUUCUCAGUUCAGGAGAGCAGCCAACUCAUUCUUCCUUUUCAUAGCCCUUCUCCAGCAAAUCCCUGAUGUUUCUCCUACUGGCCGUUACACAACAUUGGUCCCACUGUUGUUUAUUCUUCUUGUGGCUGCCAUUAAAGAAAUCAUAGAGGAUAUUAAAAGACAUAAUGCUGAUAGUGGAGUGAACAAGAAAAAAGCACAAGUGCUGAGAAAUCGUGCUUGGGAAAUUGUCCAUUGGGAAAAGGUGGCAGUGGGGGAGAUUGUGAAGGUGACCAAUGGGGAACAUCUCCCAGCUGACCUCGUCAUUCUGUCGUCAAGUGAACCACAGGCAAUGUGUUACAUUGAAACUUCCAACUUAGAUGGAGAAACAAAUCUUAAAAUCCGUCAGGGUCUAUCUCAGACAGCAGAGAUAAAGGAUAUCGAUAGUUUGAUGAAUUUAUCUGGGAAACUUGAGUGCGAGAGUCCUAAUCGGCACUUAUAUGACUUUGUUGGCAAUAUUCGCUUUGAUGGAAAAAGCACUUUUCCCUUGGGCCAAGAUCAAAUCCUUUUGCGAGGUGCUCAACUGAGAAACACCCAGUGGGUUAUUGGAAUAGUCGUUUAUACGGGACAUGACACAAAACUAAUGCAGAAUACUACACAGGCUCCGUUAAAAUUAUCAAAUGUGGAACGAAUCACAAAUUUGCAGAUCCUUUUAUUAUUUGGUGUUCUUCUCUUCAUGUCUUUGGUGUGUGCCAUUGGUUCAACGAUAUGGACUAGCAGGCAUGCUGCAGGAGACUGGUACCUCGACUUGAGUGGUAGUGGAGUCGCUUACUUUGGAUUGAAUUUCUUGACCUUCAUCAUCCUCUUCAAUAACCUCAUUCCAAUCAGUCUGUUGGUUACAUUAGAGGUCGUAAAGUUUAUUCAAGCAUUUUUCAUUAACUGGGAUAUGGACAUGAUAUAUCAACCAACAAAUACUCCUGCCAUGGCCCGUACAUCCAAUCUAAACGAAGAAUUGGGACAGGUGAAAUAUAUAUUCUCAGAUAAGACUGGAACUUUAACCUGCAAUAUUAUGGAGUUUAAAAAGUGCACAGUUGCUGGGAUUGCCUAUGGGAAAGGUGAAUCAUCAAAUGAAGAAAAUGCAUUUCAAGAUCCUUCUCUACUGGAAAAUCUUCAAGGCAAUCAUCCCACAGCACCAAUCAUUUGUGAGUUCCUGACAAUGAUGGCGAUUUGUCAUACAGCAGUACCUGAGAGAGAAGUUGACAAAAUAAUCUAUCAAGCGUCAUCCCCAGAUGAAGGAGCAUUGGUGAGAGCAGCAAAGCAGUUGGGUUUUGUCUUCAGUGGGCGAACCCCAAAUUCAGUUAUUAUAGAAGCUCUUGGUCAAGAAGAAAAAUACGAAUUGCUCAACGUCCUUGAAUUUACAAGCAAUAGAAAACGGAUGUCUGUGAUUGUGCGGAUGCCAUCAGGAAAGCUGAGACUUUACUGUAAAGGAGCAGAUACUGUUAUUUAUGAGCGGCUGUCUGAGAGUUCAAGAUAUAAGGACAUUACUUUGAAGCAUUUAGAGCAGUUUGCUACAGAAGGUUUGAGAACCUUGUGUUUUGCCGUAGCUGAGGUUUCAGAGACCAUGUACCGAGAUUGGUUGGAAAUAUAUCAACGUGCUUCGACUGCACUGCAGAACAGGUUACUCAAGCUUGAAGAAAGUUAUGAACUGAUUGAAAAAAACCUACAGUUGCUUGGAGCUACAGCAAUUGAAGAUAGACUACAAGACAAUGUCCCUGAAACCAUAGAAACAUUAUCCAAAGCAGACAUCAAAAUUUGGAUCCUGACAGGAGACAAGCAGGAAACCGCUAUUAAUAUAGGACAUGCAUGUAAACUUCUGACCAAAAAUAUGGGUCUUUUGGUUCUGAAUGCGCACACACUUGAUAUGACAAGGGAAACACUCAUUCAUCACUGCAAUACGCUAGGUGAUGCUUUACGGAAGGAUAAUGACUUUGCACUAAUUAUAGAUGGCAAAACUCUUAAAUAUGCUCUGACAUUUGGAGUGCGACAGUCAUUUUUGGAUCUUGCUUUGUCUUGCAAGGCAGUCAUCUGUUGCCGAGUUUCUCCUCUUCAGAAAUCAGAAAUUGUUGACAUGGUGAAGAAACAGGUGAAAGUCAUAACAUUAGCAAUAGGUGAUGGAGCGAAUGAUGUUGGCAUGAUCCAAACAGCGCAUGUUGGUGUUGGAAUAAGUGGAAAUGAGGGUCUACAAGCAGCUAAUUCAUCUGAUUAUUCUAUAGCACAGUUCAAAUAUCUGAAGAACUUGCUGCUUGUCCAUGGAGCCUGGAACUAUAAUCGCGUUGCAAAGUGUAUCUUGUACUGCUUUUAUAAGAACAUAGUCCUUUACAUUAUUGAGAUCUGGUUUGCCUUUGUGAAUGGUUUCUCGGGCCAGAUUCUAUUUGAACGAUGGUGCAUUGGUCUCUACAAUGUCAUUUUCACAGCUCUGCCUCCCCUCACUUUGGGAAUAUUUGAGAGAUCAUGCCGAAAGGAAAACAUGUUGAAAUAUCCAGAGCUUUACAAGACAUCACAGAACGCACUGAAUUUCAACACAAAGGUUUUCUGGGUUCAUUGUUUGAACGGCCUAUUCCAUUCGGUUAUUCUGUUUUGGUUCCCACUGAAAGCCCUUGAGCAUGACAUUGCAUUUGGAAAUGGAAAGACGCCUGGCCGCUUACUACUAGGAAAUAUGGUUUAUACAUUUGUGGUCAUUACCGUAUGUUUAAAAGCUGGUUUGGAGACCUCAUCCUGGACUCUUUUUAGUCAUGUGGCUAUCUGGGGAAGUAUCGGAAUGUGGGUGGUGCUGUUUGGAAUCUACUCAUCUCUUUGGCCUGCAAUUCCACUGGCUCCUGAUAUUUCUGGAGAGGCUGUAAUGUUGUUCAGCUCUGGUGUGUUUUGGAUGGGCCUAUUCUUCAUCCCGAUUACUUCUCUUCUCUGGGAUGUGACUUACAAGGUCAUUAAGAGAACUUUACGUAAAACCCUGGUCGAAGAGGUUCAAGAAUUGGAAGCCCAAUUCCAGGAUCCAGGUGCAGCUGUGUAUGGCAAAAGCUUAAGUGAACGAGCUCAACUCUUAAAGAAUGUUUUUAGGAAGAAUACUUUCAAUCUACACCGUUCUGAUUCUUUCCAGCAGAGUACAUUACAUGGUUAUGCCUUCUCCCAAGAUGAGAAUGGUAUUGUGUCCCAGUCUGAAGUGGUCAGGGCCUACGACACCACAAAACAAAGACAAGAUGACUGGUAAACACUUAAUAUGUGGACUACAAACAAGUGCUUUCAAUAAGCAUGCAACAUUGGACUUCAAAAGUUGCAGAUCUGAUAAUGAAAAAUGUAGCUGUAAAGAUCCUGCAAAGACACAGAUAAGUUGGUCUUUGUAUGUUUCAUGAAGGAGCAAAGUGCUAAUCACUUUUGUUGUGUAUUAAACAGACACAAACACUGUGCAGAUCUAUGUUAGCAUAAACACACUCUUUUAGAAUAUCAGCAUCUUACAAUACAUGUUAACGACAAGAUUGCCAGGACUUGAAAUUUGUCAUGUUAUCCCUGUCUUUUGACGUAUUUGUUUUAAAAAUACAAACAUAUAAAUAUGAGUAAUGUUUUGAUUUUAAACCCUGAACAGUAUGAACAUUGUAGAAAAUUGAGCAUCACUCCCUAAAUUUUCCUGCACUAUGUAUACCAUUUCAACCUUGUUUUUUGAUAGCUUACUACUGAUUUUGAAUUUACGAACUUUUUAGUGAACUAUAUCUAUUAUAAGUCUAGCAUAAUGAUUCUGGAAUAUAUUUUAAUGUUUAAGUCACUGAAAAAUUGCAAACUGAAUGGGAAUCUGUCCCAAAUGCUAAAAGCUAUCUUAGUAAUGCAGUAUUAAACAUUAUACUAAUACUCUUCUUCCAGUUGCCAAACCUUCUACUUGCCAAAAUUAAAACUCUGCAUAAAGCCUUAUUCAACAGUUUUCUAAUCUGUUCAGUUGAUGGAUUUGACAUUAGCCCAAUUCUAUUGUCAAAGGACUGAAACAAAUUUCAAGUCCCACUUGUAACUUGCCUUCAGUUUUUCUGAAAUGUGUUUUGCAUAUGCAGUGCUUGUUCAAAAUUAAGACUCCUGCCCUCUUGGUAUUUGCUUCACAACUUGUGUUUUUCACAGGCUAUGUCCUAGGAUAUGUUUUUCUCUUUGCUUCGUUCUGAAAAUGAAUUUAAAUAUUAGGCAAUGUUUGUCUUUUCUGUUACAGGCUACAUACCCUACUGUACACGCUUGUGAAAUUAGUGACUUUUUAAUGGAUUUAAUAUUCCACAAACAUUGUUUCAAAAAGAAUAUGAGGGUUAUCCUUCCCCCACUGCACCAUUUUUUGUGCACACAUGUCAAAAACAUACUUGAUUAAAAAUUAAUACAAAGGUUUGUUUUCCUGGCUACCAUCUCUUAAAAGGUUAAGUCAAGUUCUGUUUUGUGUUAGGUUUGUUUAGGUUAUUUAGUUACAUGUGUAAAUGUGCCAAUUCGAAUAAUAUUUCAAUUCCAGUCUAUUUUCUGGUAAAUGUGAGCUAAAAUUUGUUUGUUUGCAGCAUAUGAACUUUACAUGAUUUACUCAGUAAUACUGGUGAAUUGUGCCAAGCAAUUUGGUUCACAUUACUUUUUUUAAAAAACUGCCAUUUUUACAAAAUCAAAACAGUAAUUUCCUUCCCGUUACAUGUUGAAUCAAAUUUACUUUGUCUUGAAUGUAUAAUUCUGUGGUUGUCACAAUUUAUGCAUCACUGACAACAGAAACUUGGAUGUGACCUCACCAUGGAACCUUAAGUUUUAACUUCAUAGAGACGCAUCCUUUACAAUUUAUUCACAGUAGUGUGUGUUUUAUGCAUUAAACUGCCUUGACAGUGAAGUAUAACCCAGAUUUUGAAAAUCGUAUGUCAACAUUCCAUUUGAUCUGGUUUAUUUAUGUGAAUUUUUGUAUAACUAAUGCAAACGGUAAUGUAAUGCUUCAUUUUACCAUUGAAUAUUUGCCACAGAAUGUCUAGAUUUGGAUGCGUGUCAGCUAUGAAACUGAACUUCAGCAAACAAUGGGACAUAACACAAAGACAGCGUAACCGGUAUCUUUGUAAUAUUCCAUCCUCUCAAAGUAACUUAAAGGCAAUUUUUGCGACUGUUGCAGUUCCUGAAAAAAAAAUAGCAAACCAAUGUUACAGAUUACAAUUUUUUUUUAAAAAACUUGAAAGGAGUAGCAAGGAUGAAAUAAAAACACACAAGUGCUUUGAGAACAAAAUCCAGUUACUGUUAUCCCUUGAUUUGCAGCUUGAUAUGCUCAUGUGCUUUCUCUAUUUGGCACAUGUUCUGUGUUUGUCAAAAUAAUUUAAUGAAUGUCGUAGCACUAGAAGUUUCAAAGUAUGUGAUUAUUUUGUGGUGUCUUUUAAUCAAUAACAGUUACCAUCUUCCUCCAAUAUGUGAGGCUAACUGUGGUGUGUUUGAUUGUCCUGUCUAUAUUCUUGUCUAAUUGCAUGAGACCAAUUACAUGAAACAUUGUUACUGCAUGACUAGUUUUCUGAUCUUGCCACACAUCAUCUGCAAGGUUAGACACCAUUAAUGAAAGGUAACAUCAUGCAGUAAUUUAUGAUGAACAAAGAAAUUGUUUCCCGACAAUCAUUAUGUAUAUUCUCCAUUUCAGAAUAAAAACCUUUAAUACAAGUGAAUGACAGCUUUAAAUUGUUUUGUACGUUUGUAGUUCACACACUUAUCUGUGUCCAUUUGGUUCUGUGAAAGGUUGUAUCCAAAUUGGCUAUGGAAUGUACACUUUGCUUUACAAGACUUUAAAAAUAAAUUCAGAUGUGAAAAUUUUGAUACUUUUGAAUAAGACUACUUAAAAACAAGAAAUCAAAUUUGAAAAGAAUUUGCCUUGAUUGUUUUGUUCAGCGUGACAACAAAGAAAGAGGUUUAAUGCAUGUUUACUGCAUUAGUAAUGCGGUAACAAAAUUUGCCUUCCAUUGUUGCCAGUCUUGCAUAAUACUUAAAUCAGUCUAAUUUAAUGAUAAAAUUUGGCUUGAAUGUCAUGUAAAGAUGAACAUAUUCUUUACACUAGAGUAGGAUUUUUCUGUCAAAUGUCCAAAAUGUUGAUUAAAUUGCCCUGUGGUAUGGUUUUGCACUGCAUGAAUGGUGACCUUCAAAUUCAACUUCCAUUGUACAUCUCAGGUUUAGUUCUAAAUUAUUGUAUGGAAAUGCACUGUUUUAUAUUUUGUUGUAAAUCUUAGUACUGUUCUUUUUUGUCUGUUACUUGCCAUUGGCUUUUGUGAAUUGCAUGGUGGCAGUUGCAGUCCUUAAAUGUUUUGUCUUUUGGUUGUCAUAAGGAUCACGUAAUAAAACUAAAUUUACAAACCGGA